UUCCCUGCACCAGUCAUGAAUGUAGAGUUCUCAGAAAAUACUCCUAGAGACGUCAAAAGAAAGCUCAAUCCAGCCAAAGAUCAGGAUUUGGGAGUAUUCAAUACCCAGAGGUAUAACAUCGUCUCAGGGAAUACAGAUAAUGCCUUCAGAUUGUCUUCUCAUAGAGAACGUGAUGGCGUACUUUAUCUGGAUCUCCAAAUUAAUGGUUUCCUCGAUAGAGAAACUACAGACCACUAUGAGUUGGUCAUAGAGGCGUUAGAUGGAGGAACGCCACCGUUAAGAGGGACGAUGACUGUAAAUAUUACUAUAUUAGAUGUUAAUGAUAACCCACCGGUGUUUGCUGAGAGUGUAUACUCGGCUAUGAUACCAGAAAAUGCAACAGUAGGUACUGCUGUCUUGAAAGUGUUCGCUAUAGAUUCAGACGCGGGAGAGAACGGUCUGAUAGAGUACUCGAUAAAUAGAAGGCAGAGUGAUAAAGAGAAUAUGUUUAAGAUCGAUCCCGAAACGGGUGAGAUAACAGUAAAUAAGGCUUUAGAUUUUGAGACCAAAGAAUUGCACGAGUUGGUAGUUGUCGCGAGAGAUAAAGGCGCACAACCCUUAGAGACAACAGCGUUUGUAUCCAUUCGUGUUACUGAUGUAAACGAUAACCAGCCCACGAUAGAUGUGAUCUUCCUCAGCGAUGAUGCGACCCCAAAAAUAUCUGAGUCGGCACAGCUAGACGAAUUCGUAGCUAGAAUAUCUGUACACGACCCAGAUUCUAAAACCGAAUACGCGAACGUUAAUGUCACAUUAAGUGGUGGCGAUGGACAUUUCGAUCUGAGAACUCACGAUAACAUUAUUUAUUUGGUCGUGGUUGCAUUACCGUUAGACAGAGAGUCACAGCCGUCAUACACGCUGAACGUAGUCGCAACAGAUAAAGGUUCACCACCUUUGCAUGCGUCACGAAUCAUCAGUUUACGUGUGACCGAUGUUAAUGAUAACCCGCCAGUGUUUCUCGAGAGUGAAUACAAAACGAGUGUACCGGAAGCCGCAGCUCCCGGUACUCCGGUUAUCCAAGUAUCAGCCAGCGAUGUGGAUGAAGGAGAGAAUGCCGAGAUUCGGUAUUCCUUGCUCCCGACACCGCAGUCUGACUGGUUUUCUAUAGACGAGCGUUCUGGUUUGGUAACAACGCGGGUCCGUGUUGAUUGUGAAACGAAUCCGAUGCCACGUUUGACGGUGGUUGCCAGUGAUCGAGGCAAUCCUCCGCUAUCGUCCACCGCGACGUUGUUAGUGACAGUGUUGGAUGUGAAUGAUAACGAGCCAAUCUUCGAUCAGUCCUUCUACAACGUCACCGUCUCCGAGAAUGAAGCCGUCGGCAGCUGUAUUUUAAAGAUGUCAGCAAUAGACCCUGACUGCGGCGUGAAUGCGAUAGUCAACUAUACCCUGGGUGAUGGUUUGGCUCGGCCUCAGUUCUCCGUGAAGCCAGAUUCCGGGGAACUAUGUGUCUCCGCGCCUUUGGACCAUGAGACCAAUAGUGACUUCGAGUUUCCUGUUAUUGCUACUGAUAGAGGGGGCCUGUCCACGACCGCAAUGGUGAAGAUCCAGCUCCUCGAUAUAAACGACAACGUGCCGGUCUUCACCGUGAGAGAUUACAAUGUUUCUCUGAAGGAGGGGAGGAUAUCGAGCAACGAACCCAUAGUGGCUGUGUCAGCUAGCGAUGAAGAUUCUGGGCGAUUCGGAACGGUCACUUACAGGAUUAUCAACGGGAAUGACAAUGACGUGUUUCGAAUAGACAGAAGUACUGGAGAGAUAUUUGUUACUAAGCCCUCGUUGAUACAGGCGAGUGGGAGGUUUGAUUUGGAAGUAUCAGCGACGGAUGGCGGGGGUCUGGCCGCGGCUCAAGGGGCUGUGGUCCAUGUGAACGUGAUAGCUGCUGGCGUCGGCUCCGCAUUGUUCGACAAGCCGAGAUAUAACUUUCGUGUGCGUGAAGACGUGAGAAGCGGAACUAUUGUUGGGAGUCUCAAAGCUACUGCUGGAGGCAAACAACUGGUCCGUUACAGCAUCGUCUCGGGCGACGUCGACAAGCGAUUCACCAUCGAACCCCACACUGGUGCGAUCAGGACCUCGGGGAAGCUGGAUAGAGAGACCACACCUUCAUACCUCCUCAACAUCAGGGCUGCUACUAGCAAUUCGGCAAACUAUGAUCAGACACAGGUACAAAUAACGCUAGAAGAUGUGAAUGACAACGCCCCAGAAUUCGGCACAUCAUCAGUGAGAGUAUCAGUGGCUGAGUCAGCGGCCAUCGGUUCAGUGGUGUACGCAGCGAGGGCCACUGAUGAGGAUGAAGGGAAGAACGGACAGGUUAUCUACAAUCUGGUGACUGCUACUGGACCAGCUAAUACCUUUGCUGUCAAUCCUCAACAUGGACUGGUGACUUUAUUGAGAUCGUUGGACUAUGAGAACCUCGUCCGCCACACACUCAUCAUAUCCGCCAAGGACGGAGGCAACCCUCAACUGAGUGCCAACCUCACUCUAGCGGUAGACGUACAAGACGUUAACGACAACGCUCCAGUUUUCGAACAUGACACCUACAGCGCGAAUGUUCUAGAAUCGGACGCUGUAAAAACAAAGAUUUUAGAAAUACAAGCCAUAGACAAGGACACCGGUAACAAUGCGCGCAUAACCUAUCGCGUAGUAUCAGAGAAUAAUACAAACGAAGAGCAUUUUAAAGUGCAGCCGGCCACAGGCUGGGUAUACCUCGCCAAACAACUCGAUAGGGAGACGAUAGCUACACACAAAAUGACAAUAAUAGCUACAGACAAUGGAAUUCCGCCUCUGUCAGCGACUGCCAGCCUCAUUGUCAACGUGGUAGAUGCUAAUGAUAAUGAUCCAGUAUUCUCACAGACGGCCUAUGACUUUCUGGUUGAGGAGAAUCAAAAGGUUGGCGCGUUUGUUGGCAAAAUUGCGGCGACUGAUGCGGACUUGGGUGAUAAUGCUUUGGUCAAAUACAGCCUGUUCCCGUCUAAUACCAGCUUCGUCGUCAACCCGACUACAGGCAUAAUAUCAACCAAAGAAGUAUUGGACCGGGAAUACAAAAAUUCUUACUCAUUAUUCGCUGAAGCACGAGAUCAAGGGUCACUACCUAGAUCCAGCAGAGUUCCUGUAUCUAUAAAAAUAACUGACGUGAAUGAUAAUUCACCUGAGAUCAUUGACCCUAGAGAAGACGUUGUUAGUGUACGAGAAGAACAGCAGCCUGGAGCAGAAGUAGCAAGAGUUAAAGCUAUUGAUCGAGAUAAUGGAGUGAAUGCUACUGUUGUAUAUUCCAUCUUGAAUGAAAGAGACAUGGAUGGAUUUGGUGUUUUCGUGAUCGAUUCUAACACUGGUGUUAUAAAAACAAGUACAGUCUUGGAUCAUGAAGAAAGGUCAAUCUAUCGCUUGACUGUAGCAGCCACAGAUGGAGGACAUCCACCGAGACAGACUGUCAGACAGUUAAAAGUAGAAGUUUUGGAUUUGAAUGAUAAUAGACCUACAUUUACCAGUUCCAGUUUAUCCUUUAAGGUGAAAGAAGACGCUAAAGUUGGAUAUAUUGUGGGAACAGUCGCAUGCUGUGACAACGAUAUACGUGAAAAUUCCAUAAACGGAGAAGAAGAAAGACAAAUAUCAUACCUGUUAAUGCCACUUACAUCAGACCAUUCUCCUGGCACCUUUGAAAUUGAUAGAAGAACCGGUUAUCUAGUUGUCGCAAGACAAUUGGAUAGAGAAAUACAGGAUGAAUACAGACUUGAAGUUAGAGCAUUAGAUACAUCUGCUACAAAUAAUCCACAAAGCAGCGCCGUCACCGUUCGUAUUGAAAUUAUAGAUGUUAAUGACAAUGCACCUCAGUGGCCUGAGGAUCCAAUAAACAUAGAAGUUUCUGAAGUAACGCCUGUAGGCAUGACCAUUUACAACUUUACCGCGAGUGAUACAGAUGCAGGGUCAAACGGCGAGCUAAAUUUUAGUAUAAUGUCUUCUCUACCACUAAAUAAAAAUGCCUUUACUUUAGAUCCUCUGACUGGUUCGUUAACUCUUACUUCACCUCUUGAUUACGAGCUACUUAAAGAAUACUGGUUGGUUAUCGAAGCUUCUGACCUAGCUGCCAAUAUAACAGAAAGGAUGGUAACAUCUGCCACGGUACACGUAGCUGUGAUUGAUGCAAACGAUAAUACACCUACUUUUGUAUCCACUAGUAAAGUUUCUGUUACAUUGAACACUUUGUCUGGCACUCUAUAUCAAGCGCUUGCAGUUGAUACAGAUUCCGGUGAUAAUGGCAGAAUCUCGUAUUUUAUAGCCGGAGGAAAUGACCAAGCUUAUUUUUCUAUAGAAUAUGAUACCGGUAAACUAACUUUAACAAAGAAGUACUCUUCAGAUAUAGCAAAAGUAAAGCCAGGGCAAUAUAAGUUAAACUUAACCGCCUCUGAUCAUGGUACACCCUUUCCAAGACAAAGUCAUAUGACGUUAUUUCUUAACUUGCAAGAAUCGACGAAUGUUCCCCCAAGAUUUUCAGACUCUUUCUACCGAGCUAAUAUUAGUGAAGACAUACGCCCAAACAGUUUUGUUACUAGACUGUCUGCGAAAUCAUCAAGAGGUUACACAGGAAACCUUCGCUUCAUGAUACCGUCAAAUGCAGCUGGCGAUAAAUUCGCAAUCGAUGAACGUCUUGGAACAGUGACUGUUAGAACGAAAAUAGAUAGAGAAGAAGCUGACCAUUACAUCUUUCCUGUUUAUGUUACUGAUUCAAGCACAUUUCAGUCUACAACAAAUUUUGACGUCACGACUGUUUUUAUAAGUAUAUUAGAUGUGAAUGAUAACCCACCUUCUUUUAAGCCUGGAUCUUGCUAUACAUUAACAGUGCCCGAAAAUAAUAAUGCGGAAAUUAUACACACAGUAACAGCAACAGACAAAGAUAUCGGAGCCAAUGGGAUGAUAACGUACGGCAUUACAUCUGGUAAUAAUGGAAAUAAGUUUUCUAUUGAUGCUACAACAGGGAAACUCACGGCAAAAACUUUAGAUAGAGAAACACAAGCCAGGUAUGAUUUAACCAUAUCUGCAUACGAUCAUGGUUCACCAGUAGCGCUCCAAGGCUCGUGUAAUCUGACAGUCAUGGUUGAAGAUCAGAAUGACAAUGAUCCUGUGUUUGAUACUGGACAUUACUCCGCUGCUAUACCAGAAGAUGCAUCUAUAGAUACAUCAAUCAUAAAAGUACGAGCAACUGAUGCUGAUUUAGGAUUAAAUAAACGGAUCGUUUACUCACUUGCAAAUGAAAGUCAAGGAUUAUUUAGAAUAGACAACAAGACUGGUAUUAUUUAUACUACCGGGUACUUUGAUCGUGAGAAAAUUAGUAUCUAUCAUUUUGACGCAGUUGCUACGGAUCAAGGCCGAUACGUAGCUCGUUCGCAAAGAGUUUCAGUAGAAGUCACUAUAAAUGAUGUCAAUGACAACAAGCCUAUAUUCACAAAAUAUCCAUUCAAAGAACAGAUGGCUACGCUAACUCCACCGGGACAAAGUUUGCUACGAGUUUCAGCUACUGACAAUGAUAUUGGAAUCAAUUCGGAAAUACUAUUUGAACUUUUGGAUACUUCAAAUAAUAAGUUUCGUAUCAAUCCAACUACAGGAGUCCUUACUGCUACACAGAGCUUAGCAAGUGAAAAUGGAAAAUUAUUACACCUCAAAGUAUUGGCUAAGGACAAAGGAAACCCUCCCCAAAGUUCAAUAGGCCUGAUUGAAAUAAGGAUUGGAGAUUUUCCUGAACAAACACCAAGCCUUGCGUUCCAGAACUCCACUUAUAAUAUUACUAUUGAAGAAAAUUUACAGUACGGCAAAGAGGUAUUACAAGUUACAGCAUUAAGAAGUGAUGGACGUCGUCAAAGAAUUUCCUACGAAUUUGGAAAUGGAAAUGAUCAGUACGCUUUUGAAAUAGAUUCUAAUACCGGAGUCAUAAGGGUUAACAACUCAGCAAAUUUGGAUUAUGAAUCCUAUCCAGGUCCAACAAGGCAACUUGUUAUAGUAGCUCGAACAGAAGGUACGCCUACAUUAUACGGAUACUGCAAUUUAAUAAUAAAUCUCUUGGAUCAGAACGAUCACGCUCCUAGAUUUACGCAACAACAAUACACAGCGAAUGUUCUCGAAGGAAAUACAAAAGGCGAGUUUGUCGUGCAGUUGGCUGCAAAAGAUGGUGAUCGAGGGGCGAACGCAAGAAUCUUAUAUCAUAUCGUCGAUGGCAAUCACGAUAACGCAUUCAUUAUUGAGCCAGCAUUUUCCGGAUCAGUCAAGACGAACAUUGUAUUGGAUCGCGAGAUAAGGGAGACAUACAAACUGACCGUCAUAGCAACGGACGAAGGCAAUCCCCAAAUGACUGGCACGGCUACACUGCGAAUCAACGUGGUGGACGUCAACGACAAUCAGCCGACAUUUCCCCCGCCGAAUGUCAUUUCUGUAUCCGAAGGAGCGGAAGUCGGCUCGAUACUUACAUCUGUUACUGCAAAUGAUGUCGACACAUACCCGGCACUAAAGUAUGCGAUUGUUCAAGGAGAUAACACUUUUUCAAUAGACCGAUACAGUGGAAAGAUAGUUUUAAACAGAGCGCUGGAUUAUGAAAGUAAAAAAGUGUAUCAAGUGAAUAUCACCGCUUCGGAUAAUGAGCACAUAGCGAAAACUACCCUUACUAUAAACGUUACCGACGUAAAUGAUAACUCCCCAGUUUUCGAUGAAAUAUCCUACAACAGAGUAUUACCUGAAGGUAGUGGCGUUAUGGAAAUCGGGUCAGUCAGCGCAAAAGACGUAGACAGUGAUGACAAUGGAAAAAUAUCAUACCAUAUACUUCAACCCAGCCCCGGGUAUUAUAUUCAUUCAAACUCUGGCGUUUUGUAUGUCAACUACAGUGCUUUGCCUGCUCAUCAAAGAGACGUUCAAUUAGCCGUAAUUGCCACAGACCACGGAAAACCAAAUAGAAGUUCCAUUGCUUCAGUGAGGAUCAGUACUGGUGCCUCAUCAGAGAUUAAACCUUUUAUCGGACAAGAUACGUACAGAAUUACCGUUAAUGAAGAUACAGAAAAAGGGACAUCACUUCUUCAAAUUGGCGGAAUCAACGACGUUCUCAAAAAAUAUAAUUUAGAUUUCCACAUAAUAUCCGGCAAUGAGGGUGAUGUUUUCGAUGUGACUACAGAAGGAGCAUUGCUCCUUUCGAACAGAUUGGAUAGAGAAGUACAAGACUCCUAUGCACUUGGAUUAGCUGCGACAGAACAAGGAAAGAUUCUUUCCUAUAACCAAAACAAAACUUCCAUAAUGAUUUUUGUAACUGUCACGGAUGCUAAUGAUAAUGCUCCAAUGUUUUCCCUCACUGAUUUCGAACUUACCAUAAGCGAAGAUGUCAAAGUAGGUCAUACCCUUACUCAACUCUCCGUUAAUGAUGCAGAUUUGUAUGGGACUCCUAACUCUGCCAUAAUAUUCAAUAUUACAUCGGGAGACGAUGAAAAAUCAUUUUACGUUCAUCCAUCGACUGGCAUUUUAACUGUUAAUAAGUCGUUAGAUUAUGAUAUAGGUAGGACUAAACAAAAGCUAAUUAUAGUGGCUUGUGAUCAAGGUACACCAUGUUUAUGCAAUGCUGUAUACAUAAAUGUUGAAAUCCUGGAUGAAAAUGAUAAUACUCCUACGUUCCCUGUAAGUGAAUAUUUCGAAACAAUAGGGGAGAAUGAGCGAGUCGGGACAUCGGUAUUCACAGCAAGAGCCACAGACCUAGACAGAGGCAAAUAUGGAAAACUAAAUUACUCCAUAGUACCAUUGUCCACCAAUUACAAUAGAAACGACGAUUCCUGGAAAAUGUUUCAAAUUGACCCCGUAUCUGGACUUGUAAAUACGAACGCGGUCUUUGACUACGAACAAAAGAAUAAAUACGAGUUUUCGAUUAAAGCCUCUGAUUUAGGCGGAAAAAGCUCAACGGUGAAAGUAAGAAUCGAUAUUGAAAGUCGGGAUGAAUUUUAUCCGCAGUUUACUCAAAAAACGUAUAAUUUUGGAGUACCUAAAUCUGGUUCCUUACCAGCGGGUUAUAUUAUAGGGCAAGCGACUGCAACUGAUAGAGACAAGGGUAUUGAUGGUCGCAUCGUAUAUCAAUUAUCAACUUCACAUUCCUAUUUCAAAAUUAACAGAACGACUGGUGUUAUUAUUUUAAAGAAAAAAGUUGAGUCCGUUAAGAAUUUAUUUGGUGCUGAUAAAUCUAUAAGCUUAGUUGUCACGGCGAGCUCAGGUAGACAAGGUUCUUUGACAAACAAAACUGCUGUAGAAAUACUGCUCGACCCAUUGGCAGUAGUUUCAGAAAUUACAAAUCAUAUGAAUGAUACAUCUGUGGCACAAAGCAGUGGGCUUUCCGACUGGGCAUUAGGAUUGCUGAUAGCAUUUAUAUUCAUAAUUAUAAUAUUUGCAGCGGCAUUUUUAUUCUUGCAUAUGAAAAAUAAGAGACAUAAAAAAGGAAACAAACCAGGAUUAAAUUCUGAAGGUGUAGGAGCUACUAACAGCUAUGUUGAUCCCAGCGCUUUUGAUACUAUACCUAUACGAAACACAGGUCCAGUGAAUUCUGCUAAUCAAUUUGCUCCUCCGAAAUACGAUGAAAUACCACCUUAUGGAGCUCAUACAGCGAGCUCCAAUUCCGGCGCGGCCACCACUUCUGAACUGUCUGGAUCUGAUCAGUCUGGAUCUAGUGGUCGUGGAUCAGCAGAAGAUGGUGAAGAUGGUGAGGAUGAAGAAAUAAGAAUGAUAAAUGAGGGGCCAUUACAAAGAGAAACAGGCAUUCAUAGACAAACAAAUGGGGUGGAUGACGAUAAUCUUUCUGAUGUUUCAGUCCAUAAUACUCAAGAGUACUUAGCGAGAUUGGGAAUCGUGGACACAGGUACCGGAGGAGGAGCAUCGACAUCUUCCCGAAGAUGUUCUGAGAAUGUUGGUAACAAAGAUACAAUGUUACACCAUGGGCCAAUAGAUUCUAUGCAUAUAUUUGAUGAAGAAGGUGCACAUGAAAAUGAUAUAACUAAUUUAAUAUAUGCCAAAUUAAAUGAAGUAACUGGAAGUGAGAGAGCAAGUAGCGCCGAUGAAGCGAGUGCGGCAGUUGAUAGAGCAAUGGCGCUCGGAGCGUUUCCAAGUACAUCGGGAGAUAAUAACGCUGUUCCAACUGCAGGGCCAUCUAUGACAGGUAGUUUAAGUUCUAUUGUACAUUCAGAAGAAGAAUUAACUGGCAGUUAUAACUGGGAUUACUUACUCGACUGGGGCCCACAGUAUCAACCUUUAGCUCACGUAUUCUCAGAGAUCGCCCGCUUGAAGGAUGAUGCCGUGUCAUUACAAAGUGGAAAUAGUGGUGCCUCGAGUGCUAAGAGCAAAGGCACUUCAAUAUUAGGCGGUAAAAGCGUACCACCGCCAUUACUCACAACAGUUGCACCACGAAGUUGUCCAGCCCCGUCAUUGUCUUGUAGGCAACCGCAGCACCUGUUACCAAGAUCGCCUAUAAGUCAUGAUGUUUCCGGCGGGUUUUCAGCCGCUGCUGCAAUGUCGCCAUCAUUUUCACCUUCUUUAUCGCCACUGGCUACUAGGUCACCUUCAAUGUCACCGUUAGUAGGGCCAGGUCUUCCCCCAACCGCAGCUAAUAGAAAGCCACCUCAUUCCACAAUGAGAAUGUAAUAUUAUGUAGUUUAUUUGUAUUAAUAAUUAUAUUUGUACAUAAGUAGUACGUGACUGUUUGCCUUUUAAGUAUUGACUUAAUAGUAUUUAUUGAUUAUACCGAUGUGAUCGGAUUAGUUUCUUUGUAAUUUAGCAUCAUUUUGUGCAUGUUAUCUGUAUUUUACUUUCCUGGAUAUGCUCAAAGUGAUUAUAAGCGCUUAUUACCGAUUUUACGGUAAAUGUAAAUAGUGUCUUCAUUCGGGUCAUAACUUUAAUUAUUGUACAUAUUAGUUUGUAUAUUAAUAGUGCCUUGUAAAGAAUGAAAUGAAGACUGCCAUGUUAUUAUUAUUUACAACACAAACACACAGCUUUACGUAAGCUAUAAGAUUACUUUAGAUACUGCAAUUUUUAUAAGCUUUACUUUGUAAUCAGAAUUCUUGUUACAAUAAUUACAAUGAAAUUCACAAUGCAAUGCUAUAGUUAAGAUUUUCUAUGCCUCCGUAUUGUUAUCAGAUUAACUAUUAUAAUUAUUAUAUAUGUGUUUAGAAAUAUUUUAUACUGUGAUUUUCGUCUAAGUAUCGAAAACGCCUGUUUUUACUGCGUUUGAAAUAAUUUGAGACCAAUUAAACUUUCUUAACAUUUCACAUGUAAAUAAAUUGUAUAUUCCAAUGUCAAAUUAUUUCUGACGAAGUGAUAUCGUUGAUUUGUAAAUAUUUUAAUAUUAAGAUACAAAACGACUGUCUGAGAUGAUGUUUAGUGAAAAAUAAACGAAAUUGUAAAAUUGAUUAAUGGUUUCAUUUAUUAUAUUUGAUUAAUAUUAGUGACCUUAUUUUACCGAUACUUAUUAACAUAGUUUUUGCUUAAAAGCAUAAAUAUUACAGCCUCAAUAUAAGGAGACAUAAAAUGGAUAAAUUAAUGAAACAUUACAAUAAUGAACCACAUAUCACAGAUGGAUCUAAAACUACGUAGUAAUGGGAUAUCACAAUACAGUAAUAUUAUAAAAAGAGGAUUCAAUUUCGAGACACAAUUUGCCACAUUUCCAAAUUUAGCACCAAUUUAUUAAUAUGUUUGUUUUUUAAUAUUGUUUAUUUUUCUAAACAAGAUGUUGAUAUUAAUUUCGAAUUCAAAGAGAAUAUAAAUAGUAGGUACCUAGGUAAAGUAUAGACUAAUAACUACAUUGCCGAGUAGACAAAGAUUUCAAAUAAAAUUAGCUGUGCCUUUCUAUUCAUCUACACACAACUAUGAUGAUGAUGAUCUUAAUCUAAAAAUGCCUAAAUAAAAUAUAAAUAAACUUUCAGACAAUUCUGAUACACUCCAACAAACAAUAAUAAUAAUCGAUCUGGAUACUGUUAUAAUAAAUCUAUUAUGAUCUUU